AUGAAGACUCUGAAACGCCUCUACUUGCCUCUUGGAUCUGUGUAUGCUUUUGACAGCCACAGUAUCCUUUGGGAGCUGAAGGAGAAGGGACUCUUCUACAUCAAACACCUGGCCUGGUCCCAUUCAGAGGUCCUGCUCUGUAGACUUCGUGACGUUUGCUUGGCAGUUACCAGCGAGGUGACCAACCUCCAUUCCAAGGUGUCCUACUCUGCAAUCGUCACUCUGGGAGAGUUCUUUGAGACCUUGAAGAAGGACAUGGACUCUGAAGUGGAUGAGGCUGCUCGGGUCCUUCUCCAGAUGGUGUGGAACUCCCCAGAAUUUGUUCAGAAAGCAGCCUGUCAGGCCCUGGGGAUCAUGGUGGAGAAUGUGACUCCUGCACGAGCAAUGGCUGCUCUCAUGGACAUAGGAGUCAAGUAG